GGCUCCUCCCACUUCGCGUCAUUUGCCUUCCUCGAACUGUCGAACUGUCGAACUCGGAAGCGGAGGAGGAGUUGUCGACUCGACCUCCUCCAGAAAUUCCACCGAAAACCGUGAGCCAGUCGGUGUCAACACUCCGCGUGGAGCUCGGUUUCAGGGUGCAGGCAAGUGGUCUCAAUGCGACAAGUGCAAACUGGUCCUGGUCCUGGUCCGAGCGCGGCUGACAGGGAACAUAACAUGUCCGAUGGAAAAGACGCCAAUGCUGCUCACAACAACUCCUCCCUGAUGAAGAAGAGCCUGGAAGAGAGCCUGGAUGAGUGCAUGGAGGCCCUGGAUCUCUUCCUAAACAAUCACUUCAGUGAGAGUCUGGAGAGGCUGCAGUCAAAAGUGGGUGAAAGCAUGUACCACUCUCUUAUGUACGCCACAGUCCUGGAAAUGCAGGCCAUGAUGACUUUCCAGCAUGACGACAUUUGCAAUGCCGGAGCUACAAUGAAGAGCGCUCAGGAACUGUGUCAGAGGUUUCGCCGUAAAUCUCCAAAUUUAGGGAAGUCCGCAGGGGAGCCGCUCACUGAAGAGCAGCUCCAUGCUGAAGUGUGUUACGCAGAAUGCCAACUGCAAAGAGCUGCUCUCACCUUCCUUCAGGAUGAGAAUAUGGUGAGUUUUAUCAAAGGUGGGAUCAAAGUACGAAACAGUUACCUGAUUUACAAACAGUUGCAUUCCUAUGUAAAAUCUCAAACCUGUUUUAAAGGACCCAGCCACAAUCACUUAGAGGGCGGGAUUUCUUUUGGAAUAGGAGCAUUUAAUCUGACACUCUCUUUAUUUCCACCACGGAUACUAAAAGUUUUAGAGUUUGCAGGCUUCUCGGGAGAUAAGGAGUACGGUUUGUCCCUGCUUGACGAUGGCGCGACAGCAUUAAAUCUGCGCUCCAUGCUGUGUGCUCUGCUGCUGCUUUGUUACUACACGUUUCUCACAUUCAUACUAGGUAAGGCGCCGCCCCGUAAACUCCUCACACGUCUGACUGAUCACUCACUCCUGCCGAGUGAUCUGGAAGAUGUUGUAUGUCUCCUCCUCUCCUUCUCAGGAACGGGUGAGGGACAUGUGCUAGAAGCUGAAAGAUUGUUGAAAAUAUUCAGGCUCCGCUAUCCUCGGGGAGCAAUAUUCCUCUUCUUUGCUGGCAGGGCAGAGGAGAUGAAAGGAAACAUCGAUGAGGCAGUGGCUCUAUUUGAAGACGGCUGCAAGGCCCAGCAAGCGUGGAAGCAGUUCCACCACAUGUGCUACUGGGAGCUGAUGUGGUGCUUCACCUAUAAGCGAGCGUGGAAGAUGGCCUAUUUCUAUGCAGACCUGUUGAGCAAGGAAAGUCACUGGUCCAAGGCUAUGUACAUCUACAUGAAAGCCGCUUAUCUCAGCAUGCUGCCUAAGGAGGAGGAACGCCCCUUUGGAGAGGAUGAGGCGGAUCUCUUUCGACAAGUGCCUGCCUUCAAGCAGAAGAUAGCGGGCAAGUCUCCCCCCACUGAGAAAUUUGCAAUCCGCAAAGCUCGCCGCUACACUGCCCGCUGCCCAGUCAGGCUAACAGUGCCAGUGCUGGAGAUGAUGUACAUGUGGAAUGGUUUUAGCAUGAUCAAAAAGCAACCGGAGCUGACUGAAGGCAUGAUGCAGACGCUAGUGGAGGCUGAGCGCACCCUGUUGGAGUCUCCAGAGAAUGAGUAUACGCUGGAUGACCGGUGUGUAAUCCACCUACUGAAGGGAAUGUGUUUGAAAAACCAAGGGCUCCUCCAGGGUGCUGAGGAAUGCCUUCAUAAAGUUUGUUCUAGGGAGAAGAAGCUCAGGUUCGACCACUAUCUCAUUCCCAACGCCCUAGUGGAGCUCAGUCUCCUCUACAUUGAACAAGGCCGAAGAGACGAGGCCAUCAAACUGCUCCACAAGGCCAAACACAACUACAAAGAAUACUCUAUGGAAUCUCGUACGCAGUUCAGGAUCCAUGCCGCUCUGGCCAAACUGAAGGCUGCCUCCGUCGAUGCGGAGGAAACUCGUCUGUAGGGAGACUGGACAUUUGGCAUCGGAGACGAUCUUCAUCUGUGGUCGUUGUGACGCUCGCGGUGUUUUAGCCCAGUUUCAUACAUCGAUACAUUUUCAUCAAGGAAAUGCUGGGUUUCUAUUCAGCUUUGCCUUUUAAGACCUGAUUGGCCUCUCACAGUUGAAAAGUGUUAGAUAGUAUUGAAGAGAGCUUUAAUUUUAUAUAAGAUUACAGACUUGUGUAUAAAGACAUUUCGUUUAAUGGACGAUGUUGACAUUUAAAUAACCUGAAUCAACCGCUGAUUAAAGUCACUCUAAAUAACA